ACAUGAAGGUCGUCUCUGAAGCCGAGAUCGUCAACACCUUCAAGGCUCUGGGGCACGACAUCCAGGGGCAGGACGAACUGAUUGGUCAAUGUGUCGAGCUGUGUGAGACGUUCGACUUCUCCGCCACCGAUCUAGGCUUCAGAUGGGAAUCCCAUGCAGAUCAGCUCGCGAUCGAUGGUCCACCUCGUGUCGAACAUCUACAAGCGUUGAAACUUUCCUUCUCCAGAAAAUCUGACAAGAAGGGUCAGAGAACUAGCCGUAGAGUCGGGGUAUCGAAGUUGUACACCAAGGAAUCUAUCUCCAUGUUACAAGAGAGCUUGUCAUCAACUAUGGCUGCAAACUACGGCGGAGAUGUACAUUUGAAAUUGGAGGCGAAUUCUGCGAAUCAACUUCCGAAGGACAGUUUUGUUACACCAUUGAAGCGCCGAGCAAAUUUCCAAGCAUCUUCAAGCUCAAAGUUACGGUGCCUCCCUUCAACGCCAAGCCAGCUUGUGUCUCCUAUGGGUGAGACUCCAGAUUCAGCCAAGUAUUCUGGAAGAUCCAAUAAGCUUCAAGUUUUCCAGAGCGUCAACGAGGCUUUGCCGUCUGCACCUUCAAGGGGAUCCUCUGAAUCGAGCCGCUGCGAAGUAAAGCAACUCCAAGGGUUGACGGAUAAUGGAAGAGGAUUUGGGAGAUACAUGUUUGAAAAAGUAGAGCAGAAAUGCAUCUCGUUGAGGAAUCGUCUGAUGGAAAAUACGGAUAGAAUCGUCGAGAAUGAGAAGUUGAAAGAGAAGGCUGAAAAGGCAGGAGAAUCUUUCAGUUUGAGUCCGGUCAAUGCACCCUCCCAAGAUUUGGCGUGGUUCUGUGGAAGGAUUUGUGUUGAAGGGGAUUCCGGCCUCAUAAAUGCAACUUCGGUGUUUAUUGAGGGAGUGAAUGGGCGACGAGUGAAGCUGGACCUUUCCAGAAGCGGAGAGUUUGCGGUGUUUCCGGGACAGAUUGUCGUGAUUCACGGAACAAAUGCUGAUGGAAACUGCAUUGUUGCACAUUCGAUUCACUCGGAUGCUUCAGUUCCGCUCAUGAAGACUCCCGCCGGUCAGAUGGCAAUUUUCAACGAAACCAAAGAAUUCCUUGGAGGUCAACCUCUGAGCAUAGUAGCGGCCUCUGGGCCCUACACCACGAGUGCUGACUUGAAUUAUUCUCCGCUGGACGAUUUGCUAGAGUACGUGCGGAAAGAAUCUCCAGACGUACUGGUCCUCUGCGGACCUUUCGUCGACUACCAGCAUCGAUUGCUCGACCCAUCCAAGGCCGGGACCCCGGGAGGUUUCAGCAAUGGCGAUCCUCCAGACACUUUGACGCUUGUCCGUAACGUGCUGCAUUCUGACCAAGAAAACGCAAUGGAUGUCUCUCUAUGCAUGAUGGGCAACCCUUGCAUGUUCCGUAUCAAUGAGGUCGUCGUCGGAGUGACGACCACGGACAUCGUCAGGCACAUCUGUGGAUGCGAGUCGUCUAUCUCUAACGGAGACAGAAUCUCUCGGGUGAUCAACCAUCUCAUUCAGCAGAAAUCUUUUUAUCCUCUCUUUCCUCCCGCAGAAGGAGCACAGCUCGCUAUGAGCAACUAUCACCAUCUUGAGUUCCAGAACACCCCUGAUGUUCUUAUCGUCCCUUCACAUCUCUGCGCUUACGCCAAAAGAGCUAGCGACGUGCUGUGUGUGAACCCUGGGAGGCUUGUCAAGGGAAACACUGCCGGCACCUUCGCCAAACUUACGAUUCAUCCCGUCAAUCGUCACAUCCGCGACAUGUCGGAACAGAAGCAAGAAGAAAGUCCUCAGGUGGUCGCCCGUGAGCCCGAAGACAUGGAAUCUCCAGGACAGGAGCCUGUCGUCCCUCAGCAGCUCAACAAGGACUUCGACUCCGUCAUGGAGCCGGCGAAGUCGGACACGAGCAAACCUGUCCCUCUUACGGAAGGAGAGAAGUCUGCUGACCCGGAGCAGCAGAAGGUGACUGAUCAAGAAAUGGAGGAGGUUGCUGGCACGGUGAAGGGAGCUGGUGAAGAGAAGGCAGCUCCUGAAGAGGAAAAGGCCAAGGGCGAGGAGGACAAAGCUACGGGCGAGGACAAGCAACAGGCUACCGGCGAAGGAGAAGCAGCUCGAGUGAACGAGGAGGAGAAGGCAGCUGAGCGAGAGGAUGUGCCAACGGAGACCCCGAGGAAGGGGCAGUGACAUCAGAUAAUCAUGCUCAGCUCAAGGACGAGGACUGUCUGCAUCGAGUAGCAGAGAGAACUCGAGUAGACAUCAUUCGCAUCUGAAGCUGUAAAAGUUAAUCUGCUGGCCCCGUAAAAUAAUUCUAUUCAUUC